CCAGAAUCCAUGUACAACUGACAACCUCUGCUGCUACAUCUUCGUACUCUCACCUCACUUCACUUCCCCCACCCCAGCCCGCCCGCAUUUGCCAAUGGCCGGACGCCCCUCCGCCCUGGCGGCGCUCCUCCUCCUCGCCGCCCUCCUCCUCGCCCGCCCGCCGCCGUCCCUCCAGCAGCGCAUCACCGCCGCCGACCUCGCCGCCCUCCUCUCCGUCAAGGACAGCCUCACCGACCUCCCCGGCGCCGCCUUCUUCUCCACCUGGGACCCCGCCGCCCCCCCGGACCCCUGCUCCUCCUUCGCCGGCCUCACCUGCUCCCCCUCCGGCCGCGUCUCCGUCCUCUCCCUCGGCGCCGGCGGCCUCUCCGGCUCCCCGGGCCUCGCCGGCUCCCUCUCCCCGUCCCUCGCCCUCCUCUCCGACCUCACCCAGCUGAUCCUCUCCCCGGGCAUCGUCACCGGCCCCAUCCCCCCGCAGCUCGGCCGCCUCCCGGGGCUCCGCGUCCUCUCCCUCACCAACAACCGCCUCACCGGCCCGAUCCCGGCCACCCUCGCCGCCCUCCCGUGGCUCCACACCCUCGACCUGAGCGGCAACCUGCUGACCGGCGCCAUCCCGCCGGGCCUCCCAUCGGUGCCGGGUCUCAAGGUCCUGAUCCUGGCGUCGAACCGACUCUCCGGCCGGGUGCCGCCAGUCGCGGCGGCGCUCCUCCACCUGGACCUGCGGCAGAACCUGCUCUUCGGCCCGGUCCCCGCGCUGCCGCCCACGCUCCGGUACCUUUCGCUAAGCGGCAACGCCAUGUGGGGCCCGCUCAACGGCAUAGCAUCGCUCUCGGAGUUAGUGUACCUCGACCUGAGCAUGAACCGUUUCGGUGGGCCCAUCCCGCCCUCCCUCUUCUCCGCCCCGACCCUCCAAUCAAUGCUCUUGCAACGGAACAAUCUGUCCGGUGGGGUCCCCCCCGCCUCCUCCGCCGCCGCCGCCGCCUACGGCCCCGGAUCGGUCGUCGACCUCAGCCACAACGCCCUGACGGGGGAGCUGUCGGCGGUCCUCGCCGGGGUCGAGAGCCUGUACCUGAACAACAACCGCCUGACGGGGAGCGUCCCGGAGGAGUACGCCAAGAGCGUGUCCGAGGGCCGCACCCGGACGCUGUACCUGCAGCACAACUACCUGUCCGGGUUCCCGUGGGACCGCGGCAUGGCGGUGCCGGACGCCGCGGCGGUGUGCCUGUCGUACAACUGCAUGGCGCUGCCCAUGGGGCUCGAGGGCUGCCCCGCCAGCGCCGGGACGCAGCCGUCGCGGCCCGCCUCGCAGUGCUCGGCGUUCAGCCGCGGCGGAGCAGGCCCUCGAGAUUGAUGGCAAUGGUCGGCGGGAACGCGACACGCCGUUAUCAAGGUGAUCAUACGAGGUUUCCAAUACACAUUAACCUGUAGAUUGGGGGGAUACUUUGGUUAACUCAUUUUGUUUUUUUUUUCCAUUUCCUUCUUUUUUUUUAACUCAAAGAGGUUGUAACUUGCUUUGAUUUUUCUUUUUUAAGGGCUUUUUUUUUUUCCUUUAAUUUUGUUAGUGUAUGUUAAUAGACAAAAAGGAAGUGACGGGUGUGAUGAAUUUGAUACGGCAUCAAUGAAAAAAAGGUGGUGGUGAAGGGGGGCAUUUGCAUGAGCCCCGGUUC